AAAAGCAGAGAGAGGUGAAUGCUCCAUUAUUUCGAUGGAGAUAGAAGAGAUUAGCUAAUUUUGUGUGUCUAAAAACCAGAGGAGCUCCCUUCUUUUCUUCUUCCUUCUCCGCCAUUAUAGACCUUCCUCUCUUCAUUGUUAUUCUCCCUCAAUUCUCUCUCUCUCUCUCUCUCUCUCUCCAUCCAACUCUUGCAACUGUUCCUGAUUCUUCAAUCAUCGCUCUUUGAUUUGCUUUUCCUGCGUUCAUCAAACCCUAAAUCUUCUUCUUCUUCUAGUUCUUCUGUUCAUGCUUUUGUUUUCUGCUCUGUAAUGUCUCUGUUGUGUGUUUGUUGCCUUCCCGAACGUUGAUUUCAACUUAUCAUCAUCCCAUGUUCUUCCUUGGGAGAACUUGGCUUGACAGGAUUCGUGUGGAUCUGACAUUUUGUCAAUGUUCUCUGCAAUCUCUACGUUGUUCGUCCUGAAUUUGCUUUUGAUUCGCUUAAAAUCAUGGCUGAUGAUUAAAUUUCACUUCUGGCUCUAAUCUUUCCACAUUUUCUCUCGAAUCGAUUUUUCACAAUGCUGAAGCAGAUCCUCAGUAAGCUUCCUCGGAAAUCGUCAGACUCGUCCGAUACACCGAGGACGCCUCGGUCUUCGUCGCAACGUUCAAGUCCGAGAAGUAGUUCUACAUCCGCUUCUGGCACUGGGUUCUCUAGAUCGAACGGUGGAGCUUCUGCCUCUGGCCGGCCCAAUGCUACUAAGAAAACUUCUUCCGCGGUGUUCCCUGCGAGUCUCGUGGCUGGAAUCGAGCCGUUGGUGCCUUUCAAAGAUGUGCCUUCGUCUGAGAAAACGAAUCUCUUUGUGAGUAAACUGAGCCUUUGUUGUGUUACCUUUGAUUUUACGGAUCCCAGUAAGAAUUCCAUUGAAAAAGGUGUUAAAAGACAAACGUUGAUUGAAUUAGUGGAUUUUGUUGGAGCUGGGACUUUGAAAUUCAACGAGCCUGCGAUUCACGCGUUAUGUAAAAUGUGUGCUGUUAAUUUGUUUAGAGUUUUUCCACCGAAUUAUCGGGCUAAUAUGAUUGUUGGUGGUGGUGGUGGUGAAAAUGAUGACGAUGAGCCCACGUUUGAUCCUGCUUGGCCUCAUUUGCAGCUUGUCUAUGAUUUGCUGCUUAAGUUUAUACAUUCUUCAUGUGUUGAUGCUAAGGUUGCUAAGAAGUAUAUGGACCAUUCGUUUAUCUUGAAACUUUUGGAGUUGUUUGAUUCGGAGGAUCCUAGAGAAAGGGAAUGUUUGAAAACGAUUCUGCAUAGGGUAUAUGGGAAGUUCAUGGUUCAUCGGCCGUUCAUUCGGAAGUCUAUCAACAAUAUAAUUUAUCGGUUCAUAUCCGAGACCGAACGACACAAUGGCAUUGCUGAGUUGCUGGAGAUAUUCGGUAGUAUAAUCAGCGGGUUUGCUUUACCUCUUAAAGAGGAACACAAGAUCUUCUUAUGGAGGGUUUUGAUUCCUCUCCAUAAACCGAAAUCUGUAGGUGCCUACUUUCAACAACUUUCGUACUGCAUUACGCAGUUUGUCGAGAAGGAACCGAAGCUAGCGAGCGUCGUGGUUAAAGGACUGUUGAAAUACUGGCCUAUAACGAACAGUCAGAAAGAGGUGAUGUUUCUGGGUGAGUUAGAGGAGAUUUUGGAAGCUGUUAAUAUGGUGGAAUUUCAGAAAGUUAUGGUUCCUUUGUUCUGGCGAGUAGGAUGCUGCAUCAACAGUUGCCACUUUCAGGUAGCUGAAAGAUCCCUUUUCUUGUGGAACAACGACCACAUCGUGAACUUGAUCGCGCACAACCGACACGUGAUAUUGCCCAUCGUACUACCCGCCUUAGAGAGGAAUGCACAGAGCCAUUGGAACCAAGCAGUAGUGAACCUAACCCACAACGUUAGAAAGAUAUUCAUGGAGAUGGACGACGACCUCUUCGUAUCCUGCCACGCACACUUCAAGGAGCAAGAAGCAAAGGAAAUAUCAGCAGCGAACAAACGAAAGCAGGUAUGGGAGCAACUCGAGAACGCAGCGAGCAACGUCCAACCAAUGGCUGGGAAAACUGCCGUGCUGGUAACUCCUUUAGCAUCUUCAAUAGCCUGCUAAUGAGUCUGUUCGAUUGAUAAAAACAUGAAAAUACCAAUCCACCACCCCCAUGUGUGUUUUCUUAGCUUCUGUUUCCAUUUUGGCUGUCUUUUGCAAUGGGGAUGGGAAAAACAACACCAGAGGGAGGAGGAACAUGUUUACUUAUUGUAGAUUAGAAUGGGAAUUAUGUAAUUUUGGUCUCACCCCACCUUUCUAACCAUCUUAUUUUGGGUCCUGUAAUUUUUGUGAUGAUGUUGGAUAUCUUAACUCCUACUCUGCACGUUUAUUGCAAAGUUCUUGCAGUCCUUUCUUUCUUC